AUGUUGUCCCUUUGUAAAGAAAACCCGAUCAUCGCUCUGGGCUGCUCAACUGCUCAACUGCUCCGUUCAACUGCUCAACCGCUCCGUUCAACUGCUCAACCGCUCCGUUCAACUGCUCAACCGCUCCGUUCAACUGCUCAACUGCUCCGUUCAACUGCUCAACUGCUCCGCUCAACUGCUCCGCUCAACUGCUCCGUUCAACUGCUCAACUGCUCCGUUCAAGGCUCCCAGCUCCAACAUCAUUCAGAACAGAUCGAACUUCUUAUUCCAAGUUAG